AUGCUUCGUGCGCCCUACUUUUCAAGAGUCUGGAUCAUACAAGAAGUCGCAGUCGCUUCUGAUUUGGCGCUGCUUUGGGGAGACAUCACCAUCUCCAAACGCGAGUUCAGAAACUUCAGAUUAGCCGCUCUCUACUACUACAAACUCUCCGACGUAGACGUUGAAAAGGGCGCACCAGUCGACAGUCUCCUGCAUCUGGUCUCGUCGACAUCGUCUACCAACGCGACAGACGCACGGGACAAGAUCUUUGCAUUGAUAUGCCUUGCUGGCAAUCGAUCCUACGGCAUUGUGCCAGACUAUAGCAGGAGUGAGACAGAGGUCUUUUCGGAAUUUGCUCGUUCGGUGAUAGUGGCGGAAAACAAUUUGAAUAUUCUCGAUUAUUCGUACAUGGAGGAUCCUGAGGUCCUAGAACGCCGUCCUCUUUGGGCACCGAGAUGGCACUCUGAUGACGAUUCACAUAAGCACUAUUUACUCAACUACCGUUUCACUGCUUCACGAGAUGUACCGAUGGUGUUGGGUCCAUCAAGGAACGAAAGGGUACUGAGCCUGAGAGGCAUCCAGGUCGAUCUAAUCAGAGACACAUGUGAUAGGGAAACCGACAUACACAAAGUUAUUCCCGCUGUCGUCAACAUGAUCGCCCGUAACGUGGAAGUGUUUAACAAAAGAUACGGCUCAGAUAUUAUCCGAACGGUCCUCCUGACAAUGAUGGCCGGCCACGAGAGCUCUGGCCAUAUGAUCAACAGCGUCAUGACCCGUCUCACCAACGACGGGUAUAUCAAUAAUUUCAUAUCCUUUGCUCUUCAAUUCACGAUCCAAGCUCACGUCUCCCAAGACGGCAGAGAACCCGAGCAGAGGAGAUACCUCGAGCUCGUGAGGUUCGCCGCAACAGCUAUUUACCUACCAGCAGAGCCAUGCUGGACGUCACCCGAGGAUUUCGAAUUCUUGGAAAGAAUGCUCAAAACUCUUUAUCCCCAUGAUCCCUCAGUCGUAGCGGCUGAUUUGGAUAUGCUCAGCAGGAUCUACUAUGAUUUUGUCAUGGGGCCGCAGCGGUUUGAAGAGUUGAUUCAGGCUUCUCUUGACAGCAAGAUAUUUUUUACAGGCACGGGUUAUGUUGGUUUUGGACCGCGUUGUAUGAGGCCUGGAGAUAUAGUCUGUGUUCUGUUUGGAGGCAGGACACCAUAUGUCCUGAGACCAACAGCGGUUGCAGAUGAGUAUUUAUUUCUUGGGGCAGCUUACGUACAUGAGCUCAUGGAUGGCGAGGCUAUUGAUGCUUGGGAGAAAGGCAAGCGGACUGAAAGCCAAGAGGUGCAGGAGAAGCUUUUCAAACUUUUGUAA